AUGGCUUCUGUUCCCAAUUCUGAUGAACUGAUUUUUUUUGUGAAUGGAAGAAAGGUCAUAGAGAAGAAUGCUGAUCCUGAAGUAAACCUCCUGGACUACCUGAGGAAAGUCCUCUAUCUCACGGGCACCAAGGACAGCUGUGGGGGAGGGGGCUGUGGCGCCUGCACUGUCAUGAUGUCAAGAUACAACCCCAAGACCAAGAAGAUCCAUCAUUCUCCAGUUACAGCGUGCCUGGUGCCCAUCUGCUCUCUGUAUGGGGCUGCUGUCACAACAGUGGAAGGUGUAGAAAGCAUCGGCACCAGGAUUCAUCCCGUGCAGGAAAGACUUGCCAAGUGUCAUGGCACACAGUGUGGCUUCUGCAGCCCGGGGAUGGUGAUGUCCAUCUACACACUGCUGAGGAACCACCCAGAGCCAACCCUGGAGCAGAUAACCAAAGCUCUUGGAGGUAAUUUGUGCUGCUGUACUGGAUACCGACCAAUUGUAGAAAGUGGAAAAACUUUCUGUGCGGAAUCAACUGUCUGUGGACUGAAAGGAUCAGGAAAAUGUUGCAUGGAUCAAGAAGAGAGGUCUUUUGUAAAUAGACAGGAAAAAAUGUGUACCAAACUGUAUAAUGAAGAUGAAUUCCAGCCCUUGGAUCCAUCCCAGGAACCUAUAUUCCCUCCUGAACUAAUAAGAAUGGCAGAUCCAAACAAGAGAAGGCUGACAUUCCAAGGGGAGAGAACCACCUGGAUUGCCCCUGUGACCCUCAGUGACCUUCUGGAGCUGAAAGCCAAUUUCCCUGAGGCCCCCCUCAUCAUGGGGAACACUGCAGUGGGACCCAGCAUUAAAUUCAGAGAUGAAUUCCAUCCAGUUUUCAUAUCUCCACUUGGGCUUCCAGAACUAUAUUUUGUGGACUACACAGAUGAUGGAGUGACAAUAGGUGCAGGUUGCAUCCUGGCCCAGUUGAAUGAUGCCUUAUAUCUUACUGUUUUGGAGCAACCAAAGGAGAAGACUAAGACUUACUGUGCUCUCCUGAAGCAUCUGAGGACACUUGCUGGAGCUCAGAUAAGGAAUAUGGCGACUUUAGGAGGACAUGUGGUGAGCAGACCUAAUUUUUCUGACCUAAAUCCCAUUUUAGCAGCAGGAAAUGCUACCAUCAAUCUGAUAUUUAAAGAAGGAGAACAGCAGAUUCCUUUAAAUGGCCAUUUCCUUGAGAGAUCACCUGAGGCCAGCCUUAAAUCAGAAGAGAUUGUGUUAUCUGUGUAUAUUCCCCACUCUACUCAGCUACACUUUGUUUUUCGGUUUUCAGGACUCCGGCUGGCCCAACGUCAGGAGAAUGCCUUUGCCAUUGUCAAUGCCGGCAUGAGUGUGAAGUUUGAAGAUGGUACAGACACGAUUAAGGACCUUAAAAUGUUCUACGGAAGCGUUGGCCCCACUGUUGUCUCUGCAAGCCAAACGUGCAAGCAGCUCAUUGGGAGGCCGUGGGAUGACCACAUGCUGAGUGAUGCCUGCCGAUGGGUCCUGGAUGAGAUUCACAUUCCGCCAGCAGCUGAGGGUGGCAUGGUAGGGUAUAGGCGAACCCUCACCAUCAGCUUACUCUUCAAAUUCUACCUCAGAGUGAGGCGAGGACUGAAUAAAAUGGAUCCCCACAAGUUUCCUGAUAUCCCAGAAAGGUUCAUGAGUGCUCUAGAAGAUUUCCCCAUAAAAACACCCCAAGGAAUUCAGAUGUUCCAGUGUGUGGCUCCCUACCAAUCCCUGCAAGACCCCGUCGGCCACCCAGUCAUGCACCAAUCAGCCAUCAAACAUGCCACAGGGGAGGCUGUAUUUAGUGAUGACAUGCCCCCUAUUGCCCAAGAACUCUUCCUGGCUGUAACCACCAGCACCAGAGCUCAUGCAAAGAUCAUAUCAAUUGAUGUUUCAGAAGCCCUGGCCCUUCCAGGUGUUGAUGUGAUAACAGCAGAGGAUGUUCCAGGAGAUAAUAACCAUCGAGGAGAGGUCUUCUAUGCGCAGAAUGAGGUGAUUUGCGUGGGUCAGAUCGUCUGCACUGUGGCUGCUGACACCUCUGCUCAUGCAAGAGAGGUGGCCAAAAAAGUGAAGAUCACUUAUGAAGACAUAGAACCAAGGAUUAUCACAAUAGAGCAAGCGCUAGAGCACAAUUCAUUUUUUUCCACUGAAAAGAAAGUUGAGCAAGGAAAUGUAGAGCAAGCCUUUAAAUAUGUUGAUCAAAUCAUUGAAGGUGAGGCCCAUGUAGAAGGGCAGGAACAUUUCUACACGGAAACACAAACUAUCCUGGCUAUCCCAAAGCAGGAAGAUAAAGAAAUGGUGCUAUACCUUGGAACACAGUUUCCAAGCCAUGUGCAGGAAUUUGUGGCUGUAGCAUUAAACAUUCCAAGGAGUAGAAUCGCCUGCCAUGUGAAAAGAACUGGAGGAGGGUUUGGGGGAAAAGUGACCAAGCCUGCUGUGCUAGCAGCCAUCGGUGCCGUAGCCGCCAACAAGACUGGCUGCCCAAUCCGGUUUAUUCUAGAGCAUGGUGACGACAUGCUGAUAACUGCUGGCCGCCACCCACUCCUCGGAAAAUACAAAAUAGGAUUCAUGAACAAUGGUGUGAUCAAAGCUGCUGAUGUUGAAUAUUAUAUCAAUGGUGGAUGCACUCCGGAUGAGUCUGAGUCGGUAAUGGAGUUCGUUGUGCUGAAAUCUGACAAUGCAUAUUAUAUUCCUAAUUUCCGGUGCCGGGGUAGGCCCUGCAAAACAAAUUUGCCAUCCAACACGGCCUUCCAAGGAUAUGGCUUCCCCCAGGCUGCAGUGGUAGUAGAAGCUUACGUAACUGCUGUGGCAUCUCAGUGUAACUUAUCCCCUGAAGAGGUUAAAGAAAUAAACAUGUAUGAGACAAUUAGCAAAACAACCUACAAGCAGACAUUUAAUCCAGAGCCCUUGAGAAGAUGCUGGAAAGAAUGUCUGGAGAAAUCUUCAUUCCCUGCUAGGAAACUGGCUGCAGAGGAAUUUAACAGAAAGAACUACUGGAAGAAGAGGGGGCUUGCCAUGGUCCCCAUGAAAUUUACCGUUGGGUUCCCUGUGGCCUACUACAAUCAGGCUGCCGCUCUAGUCCACAUCUAUCUUGAUGGCUCCGUCCUGGUGACUCAUGGUGGCUGUGAAAUGGGACAAGGCCUUCACACCAAAAUGAUUCAGGUGGCUAGUCGAGAACUGAACAUCCCCCAGUCGUAUAUACACCUGUCUGAAACAAGCACCGUCACGGUGCCCAAUGCUAGCUUCACGGCGGCGUCGAUGGGGACAGACAUCAACGGGAAGGCUGUACAGAAUGCCUGCCAAAUUCUUAUGGCCCGUCUUCAGCCAAUCAUCAGAAAAAACCCUAAAGGAAGAUGGGAGGAAUGGAUUGCAAAAGCCUUCGAAGAAUCCAUCAGUCUCUCGACUACCGGAUAUUUCAAAGGCUACCAGACAUAUAUGGACUGGGAGAAGGAGAAAGGUGACCCCUAUCCAUAUUAUGUUUAUGGAGCAUCCUGUUCUGAGGUUGAAGUUGACUGUCUGACUGGGGCUCAUAAGCUCCUUAGGACUGACAUCUUCAUGGAUGCUGCUUUCAGCAUAAACCCAGCCGUGGACAUUGGACAGAUUGAAGGAGCAUUUAUCCAAGGCAUGGGAUUCUAUACCAUAGAGGAACUGAAAUAUUCCCCGGAAGGUGUGCUCUACUCUCGAAGUCCAGAUGACUACAAAAUCCCGACUGUCACUGAGAUUCCAGAAGAGUUCUAUGUCACUUUGGUGCAUUCCCGAAAUCCCACAGCCAUCUACUCAUCCAAGGGCUUGGGUGAGGCUGGAAUGUUCUUGGGAUCCUCCGUGUUGUUCGCCAUAUUUGAUGCAGUGACUGCUGCCCGCAAAGAGAGGGGGCUGACCACAACCUUCACCCUGAAUAGCCCAGCAACUCCUGAGUUUAUUAGGAUGACUUGUGUGGAUCUGUUUACUGACAUGAUUCCUAGAGAUGAUCCUUCAACAUUUACACCUUGGUCCAUCCAUGUGUCUUAA